CACGCGCCGUGGGGAGCAGGCCCGAGUUGUGUGGCGGUGCGAGUGGAGUGCCGGCGAACUCGUGUGGGCCCUCGGGAACGCCGCGGAAAGCGCUGCCGCCGUCGCCAUCCCUCAUCAUGUUCCUCACCCGGUCCGAGUACGACAGGGGUGUGAAUACUUUUUCUCCUGAAGGAAGACUGUUUCAAGUUGAAUAUGCCAUUGAAGCUAUCAAGCUUGGUUCUACAGCCAUAGGGAUCCAGACAUCAGAAGGUGUGUGCCUAGCUGUGGAGAAGAGAAUUACCUCUCCACUCAUGGAGCCCAGCAGCAUUGAGAAAAUUGUCGAGAUUGAUGCUCACAUAGGUUGUGCCAUGAGUGGGCUAAUUGCUGAUGCUAAGACUUUAAUUGAUAAAGCCAGAGUGGAGACACAGAACCAUUGGUUUACCUACAACGAAACAAUGACAGUGGAGAGUGUAACCCAGGCUGUGUCCAAUCUGGCUCUUCAGUUUGGAGAAGAGGAUGCAGACCCAGGCGCCAUGUCUCGUCCUUUUGGAGUAGCACUCUUAUUUGGAGGAGUUGAUGAGAAAGGACCUCAGCUGUUUCAUAUGGAUCCAUCUGGAACCUUCGUACAGUGUGAUGCCCGAGCCAUUGGUUCUGCUUCAGAGGGUGCCCAGAGCUCCUUGCAAGAAGUUUACCAUAAGUCUAUGACACUGAAAGAAGCCAUCAAGUCUUCACUCAUUAUACUCAAGCAAGUUAUGGAGGAGAAACUGAAUGCAACUAACAUAGAGUUGGCCACAGUGCAGCCUGGCCAGAAUUUCCACAUGUUCACAAAGGAAGAACUUGAGGAGGUUAUCAAGGACAUUUAAGAAGUGUAAUCCUCAGAACUUUCCUGGGAGAAAUUUGGGUUCUCCAUAUUUCCCUUAACUUUUACUUCCAGUUGUAAUUGUCUGGAAAAUCUCCAUUGUUUGUGCUUUUUUUUAUGAUAUGAUACGUCUGUACAUAAAGGCAGUUCUGAAAUAAAGAAAACUUUAAAAUAUUUGUUAAUAGACUA